AUGACUACAGAUUCUGGAGGAUUUAUACUGUUUGGGUAUCAAAAUUCUUCCGUUACAUGGAAUGUUCCAUCUACUAAUGAACCAGUGGAACCAUUUCGCACACCUCGCUGGUCAAGUGUUCUGGGCAAUGCUCCAAUUUUGGACAUUCGAGUUCAAUUAUCAUCAAGUAAAGAAUUCAAAGAUACAAAGGCCGAUUG